CUUCCAUCCAGUCUGUCUAACCCGCCCACUAGUUGGUUCCUGCUUAGUGUUAUGUGGCGAUAAGAGCAGAGAAGAAACGGCAAAGAAGGCCCUAAUCAGCCCUUUUCUCUCAAGAUCUGCACCUUCCAAUCCUGCAGUUUUACUCUCUUACGACUACCAUGCUCCGUCUGACUGCAGGGCGCCUGGGAAGCCUCGUGGGCAGGCGCGCGACAGCGGCCUUGACCACCAGCAGCGCGAGGAUGGCGAGCCACGGUCACGAGGUGUCAGGGAGUGUGGACAUGUCUCAGCCACUAUACUCGGAUCGUCUGGACACCCCCCUGCCUGACAGAGCCUACAAAGAUGUCCUGACUGCUGCUGACAAGAGCCUGAAGCAGAAGGAGAAAGGACCCUGGGGCCAACUGAGCAAAGAGGAGAAGAUUGCUUGUAGGUUGAUUGAUUGAUUGACUGAUUGAUUGACUCUUUUUACUCCACAACAUUUAUCUGGCAGCCAUAGUUACUGUUACUUCUGAGGUUAAGCUUUAAAAAAAAAA